CCAGGUUUGGGUAGCCAGGCUGAGUCAACAAAACACCAUCUUCACGCUGGCCAUGACCAAAAUAUCUCUUUCGAGGCAGGGAGAAGCUCCGCUGCACGCCACAUGCACACGAAACACAGAAGGAGAUUUGAUGAUAACUACUGUAUGUCUGGUUUUUGUCUCUUCUCCCGUAUAGUACGAGUACUCCAUGUUACCAGGCCCUUGCGUCGAGGCUGUUUCUCUCUCUCCUCUCACUCUCACUCUCACUCUCACUCUCCUUUGCUUCUGCUCCUUCUCUCUCCGUCUCUCUGCUGCGAAACUCUUGGAAUGCAACCUGUGCAGCGAUUUGCGCCACGUUGUAGCCAUCAAAUUUCGGGAUAUCUGGGCACACACGCUCGAUCUAGCGGCAUCUGGUAUGGUCUGCCUCUGCGCCCUGAAACACGAUGGAUGAGUGUAAUAAGACUCACCCGGCACUAAAGGGGGGAAUGAGCAGUAAACGGCAGUUCGAAAAGAACAACCCCUACAGCGUUUCUGACAGGACAGAGACCAAGACUGUGGGCUAAACUCGUAUUACGAGGCAGCACUGGCUUUCGUGCCUUUUUGCUUUCUUUAGGUUAAGCUGAAAGCCGCGGUGCAUGCGGUCCGGCCGGUAGCAUUUGCAUUUGCGUCUGCAUUUGCGUUUUGCUAGUCAGAGUGCA